AUGGCCACCCCCUCUCCCCUCUCCCAAGUCCUCGCCGGUCCCGGCCCGCCACUCCCCCCCGCCGGCGGCAACAACCCCUCCAUCUGGUCCCUCCUCCAAGCAGGCCUCACCACCAACCCCAACAACGCGGCUCUCAUCUCCAUGCACCAGCCCCCGACCCAUCUCGCCCGCCUCCAGCAGCCCAUCCAAACCCCAGCCACCCUCGGGCCUGACCAACUCCUCACCUGGUCCUACGCACAACUCACCCGUGGCGCCGCCCGCCUCGCAGCCCUCCUGCAGCGCCGCGGCCGCGGCCGCGGCGUUGUGCCCGUGCCCGCCGCCGAGUCGGUCCUCGCGACUUUUAUUCCGCAGAGCGCGGAGUCGGUGCUGUUUCUGUGGGCGGCUGCGGCCGCGAGGUUGAUGAUUAUCACAAGGAGGCCGGAGGAGUUGCGGCAGGAGGAAAAAGUGGGAUAUUAUUUUGAGACGUUUGCGCCGGCGGUGGUGGUGGUGGAGGAUGAGGAGGCGGUGGGGGUUGUGGAGGAGAUGAGGAGGAAGUAUACUGGUGGUGGUGGUGGUGGUAAGCAUGGUCAGCAGCAGCAGCAGGGCGGUCCGUUUUUGGGGAUUUGCCUGGGUCGGCUGGGGGAAAAGGGGAGGAGGGAGGGGUGGUUGAGUAUGGCGGAGAUUGAGGAGAUGGAGUUUUCCGAGGAGGAAAGCAGCACUCUGAAUCCUCCGCCGGCGGCAGUAAAUGAGGAUCGACUGCAAUCACUGGAUCGGCCGGCUCAUGCGCUUUUCACGAGCGGUACGGCGGGGCCGGUGAAGUGCGUCCCCCAGACAGUCAAAAGCAUCUCCGCCACAGCCGCCCUUAUGGCAGCAGCAGUUGGCCGUAACCCCAGCGCACCGAGGCUCGUGGGCAUUUCCAUCGCCGGCGGCGUCGGGGGCUCGGCAACCACGCUUCCUAUGCUACUCCAGCAUGCGGAAGCCAAGCCGGAGAGGUUCCGGUCGCUGCGGCUGGCCACGGUCUUUGGGGAGAUCGUUGACGAGGGCGCUUUGGCCGAGGUGCGCAAGAUGUUUGAGAAUGCCGUGGUUGUGCCGGGUUAUGGCAUGACGGAGGGAGGAACGCUGUUUGGUUGGCCUUCGGGGCCUCCGAGUCCCUUGCCGAGCCUUCGGGGGGUUGUCUCGUCGGGUGUGGUGCUACCCGGCUUUUGGGUGCGGAUUGUGGACGAGAGCGGCAAAGUCGUCGAGCGCGGCCGGCAGGGUGAGUUGCAUGCCGGGGGGGACGUGUUUAUUGAGCGGUAUUGGGGUGGAAUCGACGCCGAUCGGUUUUACGAGGACGGGGCUGGGCGGUGGUUUAAGACGGGGGAUUUUGCCGUGGUCGAUGACAAGGGGUACUGGUACGUUGUGGGCCGGCUUAAGGACCGCGUAAGGAGCAUCGCGGGCGAGGAGCAUGGCAUGUUCCAUCCGUUUGUGCUUGAGUCCUGCAUCGGUACACGGUUUGGGGUUCAGGCACAAGUCGUCGGAAUUCCUACGGCCAUGCUCGACGAUGCGCCCUGUGCCAUCCUGGAACGGCUUCCCGAAGGCGUCACCGAGUCCGAUAUUGCAGAACACUGUAUCAACACAGUAGGUGCUACCCACGGCCUUGCCGGAGUUUUGAGCCUCGAGCAGCUUGGGAUGAAGGACUGGCCGAGAACGGCCGAGACAGGCAAGGUCUCCAAGAAGGCUCUGCAACGCCUAGCAUUGCAGCGGCUGGAAAAGCAUGAGUUUACUGCCUACGCGCUUGGCAAGUCUUCCUGA